AUGGCUUCUUUAAUAUCAAUACAAGCACCGCUAGACUUAGAUAUUAUAUCUGAUAUUAAAUUCUCGCCUAUUCAAAAUCAGCUUUUAGUAUCAUCAUGGGACGGUAGGGUUUUGCUUUACGAUUGUUCAGACAUUGGCCAUAUCUCAAUGCUUACAGAAUUCCAUUCUAAUGUACCGAUGUUGAGUAUAGCUUAUGGAUUGGGCAAUUCUACAUAUGUUGGAGGGCUAGAUGGGACUAUUAGGCAGAUUGACUACGAAAAUUUAAAAAUAGGUAAUGAAAAUAUUGGUGAAAAGACUGAAACCGAUCUGAGUAUAAACAACUUGAAAACUAUUGAAAACCAACCGCAUAUACUAGCAGCGAGUGACUUUAAUGGCAAGUUGCAGUUUAUUGACACACGGAAGAGAACACCAAUUUUAUCAAGGAAAUUGUCAAAUAAAAUAUUUUGUAUGGAUACAACCAGUGAAUAUUUAACAGUUGGAAUGUCUGGGAGGAGCAUUGAAAUAUAUGAUCAUAGAAAUUGGAAUCAACCUUACCAGGUGCGUGAAAGUGGAUUAAAAUAUCAAAUAAAAGAUCUAAAAAACUUUCCUACAGGAGAAGGAUUUGCCAUUUCCAGCAUUGAUGGAAGGGUGGCUAUUGAGUAUUUCGAUCCCACAGAAGAAAUCCAAUCUAAAAAAUUUGCAUUCAAAUGCCAUAGAUUUAGUGAUAAACAAUCACAAACCGAUUUGGUUUAUCCUAUAAAUUCUAUAGCAUUUAACAAAGGAAAUAAUACACUUUUCACAGCUGGAUCUGAUGGAUAUCUUUGUAUGUGGAACUGGCAAAAAAGAAAAAGAAUAAAACAAUUUCCUAGAUUCGAGGACGAUCAUGGUAACACCCAAAGUAUCGUUAAAACAGAUAUUAGUUUUGACAACAAAUUAAUAGGCAUUGCUACUAGUGAUGACAGUUAUAAAAAUAUAAAAUCGUUAUCUCUGAGCCCUAAUUGCAAAAAACCAAGCAAAAUCUAUAUAAAGUCUUUAAAUUGA